GGUGGGGAGACUCGUCAAGACUGAGACUGGUUGAAGUGAGAGGUAAUCCCAGGAGAGGGGAAGAAAAGUGGCAUAAAGUUAAUGAGGGAGACGAAGAGAGGGGCAUCGAGUCAGCAAGCAGCAGGGGCCACCCGCCAUCUGCACGCACGUAGGAGGUCGCGGUGGUCCCUCAAGGGGUGGCGCCCAGACCCUGGCUUCCCAUGGAGGCGCCUGAGCUGGGCCCGGGGCUGGUGGAGCGUCUGGAGCAGCUGGCGACGUGUCCGCUUUGUGGGGGCCCCUUCGAGGACCCAGUGCUUCUGGCGUGUGAGCACAGCUUCUGUCGCGCGUGCCUGGCCCGCUGCUGGGGGAACCCGCCGCCCACCGGCACCGAGGCGCCCCCCACCACCUGCCCCUGCUGCGGCCUGCCGUGUCCCCGCCGCAGCCUGAGGUCUAAUGUACGGCUAGCGGUGGAGGUACGGAUCAGCCGCGGGCUGCGGGAGAAGCUGGCCGAGCCCGGCUCCCGCUCGGGAAGACGCCGAGGGGGCCGUAUCCCAACCAUGGGUUGCCUGGACCCGCACGGAGAGGAUAUAAGGAAGACGUGGAGGCGAUUUGAUGCCCCAGCACCCAAGUUGUCUAACUUAGAGGAAGAUCUCCCUGAUGAUUACCCAGUGGUCAAAAACAUGCUUCACAGACUGACAGCCGACCUGACCCUGGACCCUGGCACCGCACACCGCCGCCUGCUCAUCUCCCCCGACCGCCGCAGUGUCCGACUGGCCCCACCAGGCACCCCAGUGCCCCUGGACGGCCCCGCGCGCUUUGAUCAGCUCCCAGCAGUACUAGGCGCACAGGGCUUUGGGGCCGGCCGCCACUGCUGGGAAGUGGAGACCGCGGAUGCUGCCUCUUACGGAGACUCUUCUGGGGAAGAUGAGGACGACCGGGAGAGCUGCUAUGCGGUGGGCGCCGCAGGGGAGUCGGUGCAACGCAAAGGCCGCAUCAGGUUGUGCCCAGCGGAGGCAGUGUGGGCUGUGGAGGGUCGCGGCGGCCGCCUGUGGGCCCUCACCGCACCUGAGCCCACCCUACUCAGUGGCGCCAGACCACCGCCAAAUCGUAUCCGUGUAGACUUGGACUGGGAGCGGGGCCGCGUGGCCUUCUACGACGGCCGCUCGCUGGACUUGCUUUUUGCCUUCCAGGCGCCCGGACCCCUGGGGGAGCGUGUAUUCCCUCUGCUUUGCACUUGUGACCCCCGGGCCCCGCUGCGCAUCGUGCCAGGAGAGGGCUGAAAGCCUCACUCCCAGGCCCCAUCUCUCUUAGUUUGGCACAGCCGCUUGGAGGCUGUUUCCUCUUGGUUGCUGAAAUCCCCACUCAUUUCAGGGACCCGUUCAUAAACCUAUGCAAUAGUAUUAAUAAGCACCCAUCACCAAUCCACAUUAUCUUCCCUCUCCCCAAAUAAUACGACUUUACCUGGCCUCUCGGCUUUCACAUCCAGGCCCCAAAUUCAAUACGUUCCUGCCCCCUUCCUCCCGGGAAUAUUUUCUCCCCCACACUAUUCCAGUACUUCCCAACAGUUCUUUCUAUUACUAUUCCAGGCCUCAACUGGGAAACAGGCUCAGCCCGGUCAGUACUGGUGAACAGAGGCCCUGGCUUUCCUAAUUUUAAAGGGCUCAGUGCCUUCUCCACUGCUGGAAGGCUUGUGCUUCCUGGUCCUGUCCAUUUUGAGGGUUCUCCUCAUGAGAACCAAAAGCCUCUUCCUAAAACAAGAAGCUCGACAGGGACUUCUAAGAAGCUUAAUAGUGCACCCACUCUUUUUUUCAGGGUAGAAUGUUAGCCAGUUCUAUUCUACCUUCCUUCUGUGACUGUUUUCUGUGCUCACAAAUUUUGCCCAUUAAAACCCCUCAUAAAACUUUCCCCUGCACAUACUCACAAAAAGGAAUGAAUGGUGCUACCCCUCCUUUCCUCAACCUGGGAAAGACCCAGACAUUCCCAAAUGCAUCCUUGUAUAUAGUCUCACAUCAUUCCACCCCAUGUAUAAAUGGGCCCGUAUUUAACACGUUUUGUGAUGUUGGGUUAUUUAUUUUGUGCAUCUGUGGCAAUAAAUGAGAUCUCAGUGGUGGUA